AUGAUUUGCGAUCAACUCAAAUUGCUGCUUGUUUUGGUGUUGACCGCUGAAGUAGGAUCUCAGUUCGGUUUUUAUGGUUUUCAAUCUGGUAUGUAUGGAGCGAUGGGUCCACUAAUGGGCCCACCAAUGGGUCCUCCAAUGGGUCCACCAAUGGGUCCACCAAUGGGUCCACCAAUGGGCCCUCCGAUGCGUCCGCCGAUGGGCCCACCAAUGGGAGGAGCAAUGGGAGGACCAAUGAGACCACCAAUGGGAGGACCAAUGAGACCCUCAAUGGGAGGACCAAUGAGUCCACCAAUGGGAGGAGCAAUGAAUGGUGAAAUGUCUGGGUCAAUGGACACGUCAAUGAGUGGCGGAAGGCGCGGACCUCCCGGUUCAUCGGUUGGUGAGAAUUCAGAAUCGCCUAAACGUGGUCGCAAUGGAAGAAGGAGACAAGGAUGA